AUGAUUGAGAUCGAGAUGGGCUCAAGACAUGCUACAGGCGUGGCUGAUAUAACAGUGGCCUCGAUCCAGAGUAUCAUGUCUGGAGAUCGUCUCGGCAAGUUUGACCCGAAUCGAUUCAAGCUUUUGCUCGUAGACGAGGCCCAUCACAUAGUCGCUACAAGGUAUCUCGACGUUCUCAAGCAUUUCAGACUGGACGAGGAAUCACAAAAGAUCCCCAAUAACAAUUGCCCUGCUCUGGUUGGUGUUUCUGCAACCUUCUCCCGACACGAUGGUCUUCGGCUAGGCGCUGCAAUCGAUCAGAUUGUCUACCACAAAGACUAUCUGGAUAUGAUCGAGGGCGAGUGGCUAUCUACUGCUUCUUUCACUACGGUACAAUCUGGAGCAGAUCUCAGCAAAGUAAGAUCGCUUGGGAAGCAAGGAGAUUUUCAAACUGGUGGCCUGUCAAAAGCUGUUAACAACGACGAAACAAACCAAAUCACCGUUCAAGCAUGGCUUGCGCAAGCUCAGGACAGAAAGGCUACUCUGGUCUUUUGUGUAGACUUGGCACACGUAUCGAGUCUGACAGCAAUGUUUCGUCGCUUUGGUAUUGAUGCGAGAUUCAUCACUAGUGACACGCCGAAGCAGAUUAGGACCGAGCGUUUGGAUGCUUUCAAGAAUGGAGAGUUUGCCGUCUUACUGAACUGCGGCAUCUUCACAGAAGGUACUGAUAUACCAAACAUCGACUGUGUACUACUAGCUCGACCUACAAAGUCACGUAACCUCUUGGUUCAGAUGAUUGGUCGAGGUUUGCGACUGCAUCCAGGUAAAGAGGGCUGCCAUGUCAUUGACAUGGUGGCGUCCCUGGAAACAGGAAUUGUGACUACGCCAACCUUGUUCGGUCUUGAUCCUUCUGAAUUGGUAGAUCAUGCAGAUGUCACGUCCAUGACCUCAACACGAGAAAAACGUGAGAGGGAGAAGCAACGCGAAGAGGAAGCCUCUUCAGCUAUGGGUCAACUCUCUGCCCUGGAUGGGAGUAUGAAGAGUCUGGCCGGUAACAUCACCUUUACCCAUUAUGACUCGGUCAACGAUCUGGUGGAGGACACUCGAGGUGACGUCUACAUAAGGCGAAUCAGUCAAUUCGCAUGGGUUCAAAUCGACACUGAUCGAUACAUUUUGUCAAGUGGUAGUGGUGAUACGUUGAAGAUUCACCGGGACGAUACCACUGACGAACGACCAUGGAUUGUCACCAGUGUUGCAAAGCUGCCAGCAGGCUUCUCCGGUAAAAGCCCCUAUGCAAGACCUCGAGAAUUGGCCAAGGUACAUGAAUUUGAAGAAGCUAUUCACGCCGCCGACAGCUAUGCAGGCAAACACUGUCCUUUCAGGAACAUCGCUACGAGUGCACCGUGGCGCAAAUACCCUCCAACACCAGCACAGCUAGCUAGACUCAACCAGUCUCGCUCUGAAGGUCAACAACUUACGUCUGCAGAUACCACCAAAGGCAAAGCGGCAGACAUGAUAACAAAGAUGAUUCACGGCGCUAAAGGACGAUUCGACAAGCUGAACCAGGUUCGACGCAAGAUGGAACAAGAGAAGCAGAAGCAGCAGCAGCUUCAAGAAAGAAUGUCCAGACAUCAGAUACAAGUCGGCCCUGUGCGAUGA